AUUUAAUAAACAAAAAAGUGGCUGGUUGAACAAGAAAAUGUUGAAAUCUCGUAUUUGCAUAAAUUAACGACAUAUCUUUCAUUGCAUCACUUAGAAAUCAGUGACCGCAUAGCAAUUCAAGCCAAGCUGAAGAACAAAACUUCCACGUUUGCCAAUGUAAAUGCGAAUAAGUGCAAAAUGCUGUUGAGAAGAUGUUACUUGCGUAGAUGCAGCCCCAGCACUAUAAUCAUCAUGCUGGUUGCGUGUUUGGCGCUUACUUACUACAUGUACUACCAACACAGCUUAAUUGCAGCUGCUGGCUGGAAGCUGCCCAAAUGGAAUGAAUCGCGCACACCGAACCCCGAUUUUUUAUGGCAGGCUCGUGUGAAGGAGUGUUGCAAAGGGGAAGUGAAAAAUGGUGAUUCGCCAGAAGAUAUAGAACCCUUGAAAAUGUUGGGUGUGUUGCGCGACAAGAAAGACAAAUACAUACGCGACAUUGGUUUUAAGAAUCACGCUUUCAACGCACUCAUUUCAAACAAUAUUGGACCGUAUCGUGAGGUGCCUGAUACACGCCAUAAAGUAUGUCCGCGAGAACCCACCGAUCCCAAUGAAGAUUUGCCAACCAUUUCAGUGGUCAUGUGCUUCUAUAAUGAGCAUAAAAUGACGCUCAUACGCUCCAUCAAUUCUGUAAUAAAACGUACGCCGGCGCAUAUACUAAAAGAAAUUAUUCUUGUGGACGAUUUUAGUGACCUGCCCGAGUUGGAAUUUCACUUGCUAAGCGAUUUGCAUGCUCAACUACAUUACGAUCGAUUGCAUUAUAUACGUAAUGACAAGCGUGAGGGGUUGAUACGUUCACGUAUAGUAGGUGCAGACGCUGCAGAGGGCGAUGUGCUUGUUUUCUUAGACUCACAUAUCGAAGUUAACCAGCAGUGGGCUGAACCACUUGUCCGUGCAGUGAAGCAAGAAAAUUCCACCAUAGCCGUACCCGUAAUGGAUCUGAUUAGUCCGGAUACGUUUGAUUACAGCGCAAGUCCUUUGGUGCGUGGCGGCUUUAAUUGGGGGCUGCACUACAAAUGGAUCACUUUGCCAAAAGGCAGUUUGAAGAAAGACGAGGAUUUUAAAGGUCCUUUUAAAACUCCAACAAUGGCUGGUGGUUUAUUUGCGGUAAAUCGCCAAUAUUUCAAACACAUCGGUGCUUACGAUGACGGCAUGGAUAUCUGGGGUGGUGAAAACAUUGAAAUAUCCUUUCGCGUCUGGCAGUGUCACGGCGCUAUAAAAAUAUAUCCAUGUUCACGUGUGGGACACAUUUUCCGCAAAAGACGACCCUAUUCAGCGCCCGAUGGUAAGGACACCAUGAAACGCAAUUCAUUGCGUGCCGCACACGUAUGGAUGGACGAAUACAAGGAGUACUUUCUGAAGGAAACAAAAUCUGCGCGUGAUAUGGAUUAUGGUGACAUCUCAGCACGUUUGGAGAUACGUAAACGCUUGAAAUGCCACGAUUUCUCAUGGUACAUGAAAAAUAUAUACCCCGAAAUGUUGCUGCCUGGUCAAGAGACCAAAAAAAACGCAGCGGCAGCCGGUGUUUACCAACCGUGGCAUUCGAGAAAGCGCAACUACGUAGCUACCUAUAUGAUACGUCUGACCGGCACUAAUUUGUGCGCUUCCGUAGUAGCGCCCAAAGUAAAAGGCUUCCUAAAAAAGGGCAGUCCGCUAAUUUUACAAGCGUGCAUGCACACACGUAACCAAAUUUGGUAUGAAACGGACAAGGCCGAGAUAGUGCUAGACAAGUUGUUAUGCCUCGAGUCGUAUGGUGAUGCACAAGUACAUAUUAAUAAGUGCCAUGAAAUGCUGGGCGAUCAGCAAUGGCGACAUACACGCACCGAACACAGUCCCAUCUAUAAUAUGGCGGCAGGCACUUGCAUGCGCGCCAAGGCAGCACAAGUUGGAGCUGGCAUUAUUUUGGAUUUAUGCUCGAAAGAUGAUGCUAGUGCUUGGGAUAUUGUAAAAGUGGAGGAGACUUCGUGAGAUAUGCGUCCGAUGUAUGGAAAAGAAUUGCGGUAAUUACUACGGUAAAAUUUACUGCAAAAACAAUAAAGAAGUGAUUUGCGGCAUGCACCCACGAAAUAAACACAUGUCAGGCGCCGUUAGUUGUGCAAUCUGGAAUAUUAGACUGAUCUUCACUGCAGCAAUAUGGUUAUUCUAUAUCCAAAUAGUUUAUAGUUUGAAAUAAGUUUUUAAAUACACAUGAAAAUGUAUUUGCGAACAAAUCUACUUUUAAUUUGUAAAAUAGCCAACAGUGUUUUAUACCACCCUACAUUUAAACCAGUAGCCACGUAUCUAUUUGGUAUAUAUUUAUAUGUAGUUAUAUCAUUACAACGCUAGCUUUGUGUAGUAUUGAACGAAUGUAAUUCGUAUAGUUAUGCGACAACUGCAUAUAUUGAGUGUCCUAUAACUUUUAUUUUUGUAAGUCUAUACGCUAAGUAAAGCAAUUGAGGUAAAAAAGACAAAUGUAGUUUGUACUGCUUAGUAUUAUAAACCCUUAAGUUUAAAUAAAAUUUGCAAAUAUGACAUUUUAA